AAUGGUCCUGAUGAAGCGAUUUCGCGUUUCAUCCGGGGCGAGUGCGUUUGCGUUUGCGUUUGCGGUCAUUUUGGCUGGGACGACGGGGACCAGAGCCCACCCGUGUGGAAGGACGUUCUUCUCGGCGCUGGUUCAGCUAGUGCCGUGUAAGCCGUCGGUCGCACCGUUCAGCACGGUGCCGCCGAAAUGCUGUACGGCCAUCAAGACGUUAGGACAACAUUGUCUUUGUCUCCUCGCCAACGGUCUUCCCAUCUCCGGCGUCGACCGUACUCUUGCCCUUCAACUCCCCGGCAAAUGCUCCGCCAACUUCCCUCCCUGUAACCCCCCCCCCUCUCUCUCCCUUUUUUAUGUUUUUAGCUGGGUUCAUUAA